UGAUGUGGCAGGGCACAUGCAGGGCGGCAGAAGUCUGCAGAUAUUGGAGAAGAUGGUGGUCUCCACAGACAAACUAUGAAAACAGAAUAUACAGUCUGGAAGUAGAGUGUGGACCUAAAUACCCAGAAGCACCUCCAACAGUUAGAUUUGUAACAAAAAUUAAUAUGAAUUGGAUAAAUAAUUUCAGUGGAAUGGUGGGCGCAUGGAGCAAAGCAGUGUUAGCAAAAUGGCAAAAUUCUUCUAGCAUUAAAGUUGUACUUCAAGAGCUAAGGUGUCUAAUGAUGUCCAAAGAAAACAUGAAGCUUCCACAACCUCCAGAAGGACAAACAUACAGCAAUUAAUUUUAACAAGUCUCAAACUUAUCUAAACCACCAACCUUCUACUCAAGUUAAUGUCUUGAUUAAAUCUCACAAUGCAGAACCCACACAUUAAAAGAAUUCCAGCUGGUAUACAUGACCUGAACAUUUGUAAGACUAUAUUUAAUAUAUGUACACCCAUUAUGUUUCCAAGCACAGUGGGAAGAAAAAUGCAGCACAGUUUUUUUUCCCCUCUUAAAACUUCCUUUUUUAAACCCUUACUUUCCAUCUUGGAUUGGCUCCAAGGCAGAAGAGUGGUAAGGGCUAGGCAAUGGGGGUCAAGUGACUUGCCUAGGGUCACACAGCUGGGAAGUGUCUGAGGGCAGAUUUGAACCUAGGACCUCCCAUCUCUAGGCCUGACUCUCAAUCCACUGAGCCACCCAGAUGCCCCAGUUUUUUUUCCCCCUCUUAUCAAGGCACUAUCUUUUAAGCAUAAACCGGGAGUACUCCAAAAGGAAUUCAGGUUUUACAAGAUGAAAGCAUGGCAAGAAGUAUCAGAUUGCUAUGGAGUUAUGUUUGCUUCAGAAAUCUAAUUUCUCAAGAAGGAAAAUUAUAAGUGGCAUGCUUGGUCCAUCUUGCUUAGUGAAAGAGCUGCAAUGUAAAUUGUGUAAAGUAACACGUACAAUAAAUACUGUUGCCAAUUUUGCUUAAUUUCUGAAGAGGUGUGGCUACUAGUAGUAACAAAAAGAAUGUUCAGGAUUGUUUUGAUACCUGUAUUUAUAAAAGGGGGGAGGGAGGAAGGGAGGGAGAUGGAUUUCUGUUUUAAAGCAGCUCCUGUGUGUUACAUGUAACAGACAUGGUGAAUAUUUGUUUAUCAUCUUUGUUCUGAUAAACCAUGAAUUUAAGUUAAAGUGAAAAAAAAACAAAGGAAAUAGGUGUAUGGAUAUGUGAUUCUGAGAUUAAAGUUAGUCUUAAAAUGUAAAUAAAAUGUGGAAAGUA